AUGCCUGGGAAGUGGAUUUCUGCUCUGCUCCUGCUGCAAAUAAGUUUCUGCUUUAAAUCUGGGAACUGCGGAAAGGUGUUGGUAUGGCCGAUGGAAUACAGUCACUGGAUGAAUAUAAAGAUAAUACUGGAGGAACUUGUACAGAAGGGCCAUGAAGUCACUGUUCUGAGACCUUCGGCUUCUGUCUUUCUUGAUCCCAAGGAAACUCCUGACCUUAAAUUUGUAACUUUUCCUACAUCUUUCAGUAGUCAUGACCUGGAAAAUUUUUUUACGAGGUUUGUGAAUGUAUGGAUUUAUGAGUUGCCAAGAGACACAUGUUUGUCAUAUUUUCUUUAUCUACAAGAUAUGAUUGAUGAAUAUUCUGACUACUGUCUAACUCUUUGUAAAGAAGCAGUUUCAAACAAACAGUUCAUGACAAAACUACAGGAAUCCAAAUUUGAUGUCGUUUUCUCAGAUGCCAUUGGUCCCUGUGGGGAGCUGAUAGCUGAACUGCUCCAGAUUCCUUUUCUGUACAGUCUUCGCUUCUCUCCUGGCUACACAAUUGAAAAGUACAUUGGAGGAGUUCUAUUCCCUCCCUCUUAUGUACCUAUGAUUUUUUCAGGAUUAGCUGGCCAAAUGACAUUCAUAGAGAGGGUACACAAUAUGAUAUGUAUGCUUUAUUUUGACUUUUGGUUCCAGACAUUUAGAGAGAAGAAAUGGGAUCCAUUUUACAGCAAAACUUUAGAUUAUGGAUUCCUCUCAAGCUCCUUCAGCCCUCAGCCAGGAAGAUUAUCUAACAUUUAACAGGUUCUUUGGAGAUUUGACGGCAAAAAACCACCCACCUUAGGACCCAAUACCAGACUCUACAAGUGGCUUCCCCAAAAUGAUCUUCUUGGUCAUCCAAAAACCAAAGCCUUUGUAACGCAUGGUGGAGCCAAUGGCAUCUAUGAGGCGAUCCAUCAUGGAAUCCCUAUGAUUGGCAUUCCCUUAUUUGGAGAGCAAUAUGAUAACAUUGCCCACAUGGUGGCCAAAGGAGCAGCUGUGGAAGUAAAUUUCAGGACAAUGUCAAAGUCAGAUUUGCUCAAUGCACUGGAGGAAGUCAUAGACAAUCCUUUUUAUAAAAAGAAUGCUAUGUGGUUGUCAACCAUUCACCAUGACCAGCCUACGAAGCCACUGGACAGAGCUGUCUUCUGGAUUGAGUUUGUCAUGCGCCACAAAGGGGCCAAGCACCUGAGAUCACUUGGACAUAACCUUCCCUGGUACCAGUACCACUCUCUGGAUGUGAUUGGAUUCCUACUUUCCUGUGUGGCAGUCACUGUAGUCCUUGCUCUAAAGUGCUUUUUAUUUGUUUAUCGAUUCUUUGUAAAGAAGGAAAAGAAAACAAAGAAUGAGUAG